ACAGGCAAAGGCAUUGAACUGUAUCAAGAGUGGCUACAGGAACACAUCUCCACCCUUGCUCAGUUGCAGUGGAUUCCCAGCUACUCACAGGACAGCUGCAGAGUAAAAGAUGGCAUUUCAGAAGGCAGUGAAAGGAACUGCUCUCAUUGGAGGAGGUGCCAUAGCAACAGUUUUUGGCCUCUCUCAAUUUUCUCAGUAUAGAAACAAACACGGUACCCUUGUGAAUGUUCAGGCUGCAGAAGCUGUGCCUGUUCCAAUGAAGAGUCAUCUCCCCACAAGAGAGCAACAAAUUUUGGCACUGCAGACCACAAGCGAAUUUGAUGUCCUUGUUAUAGGCGGAGGAGCAACAGGAUGUGGCUGUGCUUUAGAUGCAGUCACUAGAGGACUAAAAACAGCCCUUCUAGAAAGAGAUGAUUUCUCAUCAGGGACCAGCAGCAGGAGUACUAAAUUGAUCCAUGGUGGAGUGAGAUAUCUUCAGAAGGCCAUCAUGAAGUUGGAUUUUGAGCAGUACAAGAUGGUGAAAGAAGCACUUGAGGAGCGUGCAAAUCUGCUUGAAAUAGCUCCUCACCUAUCAUCUCCUUUGCCAAUAAUGCUGCCUGUUUACAAAUGGUGGCAGUUGCCAUACUACUGGUUUGGAAUAAAAUUAUAUGACCUCGUUGCAGGAAGUCAGUGUCUGAAAAGUAGUUAUGUCCUUAGCAAGUCAAGAGCCCUGGAGCAUUUCCCAAUGCUACGCAAAGAUGAGCUUGUUGGAGCUAUUGUCUACUAUGAUGGACAGCACAACGAUGCGCGGAUGAACCUCGCCAUCGCCCUCACUGCUGCCAGGUACGGCGCUGCCACCGCCAAUUACACUGAAGUGCUGCGCUUGCUCAAGACGACAGACCCAGCCAGCGGGAAGGAGCGUGUGUGUGGUGUGCGUUGCAGGGACAUCCUAACAGGGCAGGAAUUUGAUGUCAAAGCCAAAUGUGUUAUCAAUGCUACGGGACCUUUCACAGACUCUGUGCGCAAAAUGGAUGAUCAGGAAGUACCAAACAUCUGUCAGCCAAGUGCAGGCGUGCAUAUUGUGAUGCCUGGUUAUUACAGCCCUGAUCAUAUGGGUCUGCUUGACCCAGCCACCAGCGAUGGCAGAGUGAUUUUCUUCCUGCCAUGGGAGAAGAUGACUAUUGCAGGGACCACGGAUAGCCCGACCGAUGUUACUUCCCAUCCAAUACCAACAGAGGAAGAUAUAAAUUUCAUUUUGAAUGAAGUGCGCAACUACCUUAGUGCUGAUGUUGAAGUGAGAAGAGGAGACGUACUGGCAGCGUGGAGUGGCAUUCGUCCUCUGGUCACAGACCCCAACUCCAAAGACACACAGUCGAUAUGCCGGAAUCAUGUUGUUGCCAUUAGCAAUAGUGGCCUUGUCACGAUAGCAGGUGGGAAGUGGACAACCUACCGUGCCAUGGCAAAGGACGCCAUUGAUGCAGCUGUUGAGGCACACAAUUUGAAGGCAGGUUCCAGUAAAACUCUUGGACUGCAGCUGCAAGGGGCUGAGGACUGGAGUCCCACUCUCUACAUUAGGUUGGUCCAAGACUAUGGACUUGAAAGUGAGGUGGCUCAGCAUCUAGCUUCGACAUAUGGCGACAAGGCUUUUGAGGUGGCCAAAAUAGCCCAAGUUACAGGAAAGAGAUGGCCUAUUGUUGGAAAGCGUCUCGUGUCUGAAUUUCCUUAUAUUGAAGCUGAGGUUGUCUAUGGUGUCAAAGAGUAUGCUCGCACAGCAGUGGAUAUGAUUUCCCGACGUACUCGCUUGGCCUUUCUGAAUGUGCAGGCUGCAGAGGAAGCCCUGCCAAGAAUCAUAGAUAUAAUGGGAAAAGAACUUAACUGGAGUGAGCAGAAAAAAAAGGAGGAACUUGAAGCUGCUAAGAAAUUUCUCUAUUAUGAAAUGGGCUACAAAGUAAAAUCAGAUCAAUUAAGAGACAGCUCUGAAAUCAGUCUAGUGCCUUCAGAUAUUGAGAGGUACAAGAAGCGAUUCCGCAUGUUUGACAAGGACAAGAAAGGGUUUAUUACUAUACUGGAUGUGCAGCGUGUCUUGGAGAGCAUCAGUGUGCAAAUUGCUGAAAAUACUCUUCAUGAUAUUCUAAAUGAAGUGGAUCUGAACAAAAAUGGACAGGUUGAGCUCAAUGAGUUUCUGCAGCUCAUGAGUGCUAUUCAGAAGGGCUACGUGUCUGGAAGCCGGCUGGCUGUGCUCAUGAAGACUGCCGAGGAGAAUCUGCAUCGGCGCGUGGGGAUUCCGGUGGACCGGAGCGGUGGUGGACUGUGAGUUCAAACGCAACGUCUGCUCACAGCCAUGGCUAAUGGAGAUGCAUCUCUGCUAAAAAACAUUCCAGUGCUUCUGACUGGCCUUGCUUGUUCCAGAUGACUGGCGUCUGUCCAUGGGUGUAGCUCUUACAAAAAUAUAUUGGUGCAUUUGUUUUCAUUAUUAAUGGUUUUCUGUGCAGCUCUUAAUACUCCAGUAUGUGGCCUUUGGACUGGGUAUUCUUUAGACACAGGGGUUCAUUAACAAGAGUUCAGGAAUACAGGUUAGAAAGAUUUGGGUGCACACACAAGCGCAUGUGCACGUACUGCCUCAUUCAUUAACUUCUAUAUCACCUUUACCUUCAGAGAAAACAAUGCUCAGAAAGUGCAUCCUGCCUUUAAAUGCAUUGCAUUGAGUUCUGUGAAUACACAUUUAGUGUUUAAAAGUUGUUGAUCUCUGCUGAACAAAAGUGAGACAGGGAAAGCUGGUGAUCUGGAUUGGAGAUAAUAACACAAUAGGAUCAAGACAGACACUUCCUGAGGCAGCAGUUGCGAAGAACUGUUGUGAGGUUCUGUAGGUGGCUGGUUUUGCUCUUCCAACUGCUCUGUUAUUUCAGUGGUACCAAUACUUGGCCAGACAAAAAUAUUGGCAGUAUGAAGCUGGAAAACUAGAAGACAUCUUGAUUAAUCACCCAAGCUAAUAAUUUAUUUAAAAGCAUGGGGACAGCUUUCCUUUCUCCCAUAUUAAUAAAAAUAAGCUUCCUUUAUUAAGUAGCGUAGUCUUAACAGGUGUUGGUUUAUGCUAUAAAAGGCUUCAUACUGUUUUCAGUUUUGGAUAAACCCUGAUGAUCUUUAGAAUAUAGUAGGUUUCAAUAGCACGAUGGUCUUAAUUCUUCAUUUAAAAAUGGUCAAACACAGAGUGAAACAAUGAAAUUUGUCUUGCAUUACACUAAA